GCCUCUCCUUCCAUCUGCAAGCACCCUCCAAGCCAGGACCGGGCCGACAAGCCACCAGGCCGUGCCCAAGCUCUCCUCAGCACAUCCACCGAUUCCUCCCUUCCGUCUGCCGCAAUGCCAGAAUACAUCGGAGCGAUCGACCAAGGCACGAGCUCCUCGCGCUUCAUGGUCUUUGCCCGCACCGGCGAGAUCGUCUCCUCCCAUCAAAUCGAACAUGACACCCAUUUCUCGUCUCCCGGGUGGGCCGAACAUGAUCCAGAGAUGAUCUUUACCAAUGUCCAAGAGUGCAUCCGCAAGACCGUCGAGAAGAUGGUCCAGCAGGGCCUUGAGCCCCGUGAUAUCCGAGCCAUUGGAAUCACCAACCAGCGGGAGACUACGUGUGUCUGGGACAAGAGCACCGGGCGCCCCCUGCACAAUGCCAUCGUCUGGCUCGACGUGCGCACUCGCGAGACAGUGGACUCGUUGAUCCAGAAGACAGACUCAAAGAAAGCUGAUCAUUUCCUGACCGAUUGCGGACUUCCCCUGGCCACCUAUUUCAGCGCUGUGAAGCUGCGCUGGCUGCUCGACCAUGUCCCAGAAGUCGCCAAGGCGCAGGAGGAUGGCCGUCUCCAGGUCGGAACAGUGGACUCAUGGCUGAUCUACAAACUAACGGGUGGAUGCUCCACCGGAGUCCAUGUCACCGACGUGACCAACGCCAGCCGCACCAUGCUCAUGAAUCUCAAGACGCUGCAGUGGGACGACGCACUCUGCAACUUCUUUGGAGUCGAUAGGGCGGCUCUGCCCGAGAUUCGCUCUUCUUCGGAAACCUAUGGCGUUCUCGCCGAUGGCCCGCUGAAAGGCUUGCCCGUUGCGGGAUGUCUCGGGGACCAACAAGCUGCGCUCGUCGGGCAGCUGUGUAUGAGUCCUGGCGAGGCCAAGAAUACAUACGGCACCGGCUGCUUCAUGCUCUUCAACACGGGCUCCACUCCAAUCAUUUCCAGGAACGGCCUCUUGACUACUGUGGGAUACCAACUCGGCAAGACCGCUCCUGCCGUGUAUGCAUUGGAGGGCUCCAUCGCGAUCGCCGGUGCCGCCGUCAAGUGGCUGCGGGACAAUCUGGGCAUCAUUCAGAGUGCUGAAGAGAUCAAUGUGCUGGCCUCCAACGUUUCCGAUAGCGCUGGCGUCUAUUUCGUCCCGGCGUUUUCCGGCCUCUUUGCUCCUCACUGGCGCCCUGAUGCGCGAGGCUGCAUAGUCGGACUGACUCAGUACUCGACCAAGGAGCACAUUGCGCGGGCUGCACUCGAAGCCGUCUGUCUCCAGACCAAAGAGAUUCUCCUUGCAAUGAACUCGGACAGUGGCCAUCCACUCACCAGCCUCAAGGUUGAUGGCGGACUCACCAACUCGGAUCUGUGCAUGCAAAUCCAGGCCAACGUUAUUGGAAUCACCGUUGAGCGGCCCAAGAUGAGGGAAACGACGGCGCUGGGGGCAGCCCUCGCGGCCGGUCUGGCUGUUGGGGUAUGGGCCUCGGUCGACGAGUUCCGAAGCAAGCAGUCGAUCGAUCGGUUCGAGUCCAAGAGCGACGAGCAGGAGCGAGAGCGCAUGUUCAACAAAUGGAAGAAAGCCAUCGAAAAAAGCCUGGGCUGGGAAGAAUCCUGAUGAGCGGGAGAUGCCAGAUCAACUGAGGGAGCGUCCGAUCAACUGAGGGGAUGCUUGUCCGGCUGAAGCGAUGCUUGAUCAGCUGGGUUCAGGGC